AUGCUUGGCUUGAGCAGAAACCAACGCCCCAAGCGGCUUCUCCGCCAAAUCGGAGGCAAAAUCCAGCCCAGCCCUGAACCACAGACCGUCGAAGAUGUUUCCGCUCCGCCUUUAUCUUCCGACAAUGAAGAUGACAUUACCGUGGCUGCUUCACUAAAGCUAGUGUCGAAAAGCACCAGCCGCCAGUCUCCUGCUGAGGAUUCUGAGCCAGAUGAGCCAGCUCGGGGUGAUAUGAAGCGCACACGAUUUCCCAACGGCACCAAUACAUCUCAGAGGGACAGUAGGCAGGCUUCUAGUCGGCAAGGCCUAAAACACUCAGUGGGCGAAGAUACCGAUGAAGCAUCAUCCUCCAGCGCCAAGCGAAGAAAGCUAGUCACCAGUAAAGAAUCCGCUCCAGCGAAGACAAGUCCCUCCAGCUCAGCCACCUUCCUCAAGGAUGAAUGUGGUUUUACCAAGACCAGAAGGUCCAAGGCGACCUAUGGUUUGAAAGGCAGGGGCUCGCAAGGGUCACAAGGAUCUCAAGUGUCAAAGGAGACUCAAGCAAAGAAAGGCCCGACAAAGACUUCCAAAAACACGAUUCGUGAUGCAGACGAAUCUGGACUCUGGAGCAGCCCUGAGAAGUCAAGCAAGGCCAAGUUCAAAGCGCUACCAGACGAUACCCUCGGUACCCCAAAGAAAUCGAACAAGGCCAAGUUGAAGAUUGCACCGGGGGACUCAUUCGAUUCCCCUGAACAAGAAAACAAGAUGAGGCCUAUUCCCAAAGACAAGCCUUCUCUCUCACCAACAAAGGGCGGGGUGCUCAGGCUCUCGCAGAACGACGAUCUCAGCCAGAGAUCUUCCUCCUCACAACAGAGGAAAUCUAUCUGGAGUAGGAAACUAAUUGAGAAGGAAGCGCGAAAGAAGGCCAAAGAAGCACCACCCAAGAUCGAGCGUGCACAGUUCAUCGUACCAAUCGACAUUGAUGACGCCAUUGGGUAUGGAAGCACAAGAACUCUCUUAGAUACGGAUUCCAGUGACGCGGAAUCUGUUAAGGACGAGCCAGCUCAGGAGGAAGAGAGUCUUGAAAGCGGACUCACGAAGUGUCCAUGGUGUCAAGAGUUGGUAUCGGCAAUAUCCCUGAAGGAAUACUCGAAGGGAAAGAAGUUGCUGAAUGUGCAGAUGCAGAAAAGAUUCUGCGAGAAACACAAGAAGGAGACGGCCAUGGAGACAUGGCGCGAGCGAGGCUACCCCCAUGUUGACUGGGAAAUACUGGAACGCCGGUUUGGCGACCAUCGAGCUUACCUAUCGAGGGUCAUUGACGGCAAAAAGUCACACUUCCGUGACAUUCUGGCGGAAAAGAUCGAAACCGGCCAAGGCAGAUCACUCAAGAAGGAAGGCAACCUGAACCCCGGGUACUACGGUCCGCGGGGUGGUAAGCUCAUGCAAGAUUACCUUGUGGAAGAGUUUAGCGAGCUGUUGAUGGAAAAGGCCGUGAGCGACCAUGUCAUUGCCGGACGUGGAUCGGCGGCUUUUAUUCAGUCUGUAUUGGUUGCCGAGCUUGCUGUCCAACUCAUCAUGGAGGACAUGGAUGUGUCUGCCGCAAAGGCAAGGGGGAUCAUGGAGGAGAGUAAAGCUGUCGGCGAGAUGAUACAUGAAGAGGUAUGA